AUGUCGUUAAAUUUUUCUCAAAUUUUAGUUCCUACUCAAAAUGAGAUCACUAUAGCAGAGAUCGAUGGAAAAGUUUUAAAUCUAGGAUCUUCCGAAGAUCAAAAACUCAUUCUUUAUGUAAACUCUGAGGGUAUAGUUUUCCCAAGCCUGCAAAUUCCUUACCAUCUUUCGCAUCCAGAUUUAGUUCACCUUGGUACUCGAAGAGUCGUAACUGACUUACCCACAGCACCUACAGCUUACAGACGAUUUAUGGAUUCAAGUAAGAAUUCGAUUGGUGAACAGAUCGAUCAAACUCAAACAUUUAUACAAGAUGUGGCUCAAAAUAUUAGAAGUGUACUUCCGACUUUUUUGGAUAACUAUCUUUUUAAUGCUGAUACUGAAGAAUACAUGCGUUAUCUUCGUAGGAAGAUAGAUUGGUCUUCUGCGAGGAUUAUUGAUUGGCAUCCAUAUUUUUCAAUAUUUGCGGUAGUUCACAGAGUGGAUGUCAUUUUUUUAUAUGAUUUACGCGUCGAAGAAUGGUUUCCUGAAGUCUUGGAGAAUAGUUUGCAAAAAGAGAUUACAUGCAUGGCUUGGAAACCAUUGGGCGGAAAUAUCUUGGCGGUUGGAUGUCGGCGAGGGAUUUGUUUAUGGGAACUUUCACUUAAACAAACAAAGGAACCAAAGCCAACGCGGCUUCCCGCGUGGAUGCGUUAUCUCCAUUAUCCUGGUCAUGAAAAUAUUGUCUCACUAGCCUGGCAUCCGCGUUCGGCAGAUGGAUCAAUAAUCCUUUGGGAUACGGCAUCUGAAACGGGGACGCCUUUAACAAGAAAUCGAAAGGUUUCGUUUCUAAGCAUGAGUCCUGUUGGAGAAUUUUUAUUUUCAUCUUCAUUAGAUGGUAAAAUUGACGUGUGGGAAACUCAAAGAUGGACAUCUAAAACGAUAAGUACGAAUGGAUAUCCUGUUGAGACAGGAUGUUGGACAGCGGAUGGACGCGCUUUAUUCUUGGGAUUUCGCCAAGAUGACCGUAUUCAUGUACUUUCUAUAUCUCCAAAUUUCGACUACGAAUGGUUACCUAAAAUCGAUUUGUCUCCAAUUCCCGAAGUCGCUGACAAAGGAAUUGAACAAUUGGCGAUUGAUCCAAACGGCGAACGUCUCGUGGCGUGUUUCGUAGAUACACGAUUGUUAGUCGUCCUUGAUGCUAAGCUACCAUCUCAAGUAUCAAAGAAGACAAAUCUUUUGAAUUUUCCAAGAUUGAUGCGAGGACCUGCAUGGAAUGAUCCUGACGAUCAAGGUGCAUUCCUUGUAAACGCAGACCCUAGACCUGUGUCAUUAAGUUUUGCAAAGCAAUUUAAUAGAGGGUCUUUGUUAUGUUCGAUAUGGGAAGAUGGCUUUAUAUCUUUUAUACCAUUUUUAUACAGUAAAGCAAAAGCCAACAAAUAA